UCCCUUCCGGUAAACGCUGGAGACCGUUCAACCAGCUCAAAUUUUGCGCUGAACUGCGCGAAAUAGCUGAUUAAUACAUCGCAUGAUUGGCGUUUUCACAUAAAAAUAAUGAUAAUUUCACGCAGGUAAAAGUUUAGUUUCUGUGUGCUGCAUAUACGCACAUGUCGCGCAAAAUACGUAACGUUAGCAUGUGGAAAUGUCCAGCGCAUUCAACAGCUGCAUUACUUCAGGUGAUAGUUGGUGAGCCGAUGAACUUCCUCAUGUGAGUCAGUCGAUAGUCAGCAGCAUCGGCACGUCAACAUGUCGUCGCUUAAAGACGCUCUUGAAUCCGGACUUGACUUCAUUGAAUUUCUGGGAGACAGAAAAUCCAACACCAGCAAAACGGAACUUCGGGAAAUCUACAACUCUGAAUUUAAGGGCAGAAAAGGAAUAAAGGACCCUUCCUUUUCCAGUGUUCUCUAUGCCCUAGUGAAGUUCAACAAAGCCCGCAUAAGACAGGGGAACAUCUACAUAAAUGUCAAACCUCAGGUUCGAGUGUACUGUGACCAGUGGAGGAGGCCCCGUGCCCCUCAGUCGCCACCCAGUCCCAGCGCUAGCCCUAAGAAGUCAGACUCCUCUGUCCCCUCUACCCCCGUGACCCCUGUGCUGACCCCCAAGAAAAAGCUGGCUACAGAAAUCCUUCGCAAGUUAAAAGUGAACUGGAAAGAGUUGACAGCUGACAAAGGGGGCAUUGAGAUCACCUCAGACCCCGCGGCGAGCGGCAGAAAGGUUCAGUUUGCUGUGGAUCGCCUGAAGGAGUUGUUCAUCCUCCGGUUCCACAUACUAAACAAGGGCACAAACUGCAUCCAUUUCACCUACUACACUGCCUUGCACAAGAUCCGCUGUUUCACUCUGGAGGAUGAGAGGAGAGUGACAAGAGCUUGUCCGCUGUUCCUCUGUCCUGGAGAAAGCUAUGAGGUUGUGGUUCGUUACACGCUGAACCACUAUGGAUAUUUCCCUGCCACAAUGUACUUUGAGUUCUGUGAGGAUCUGCAAGGAGCGGUGCCCUUUUGCAUUGUGAGGGAGAUGGAAGCAAUUGCCAGGACCCCGCUGGCUGUGGAGCUGGGGCCCGUGUCUCCUUACAAACCAUCUCAGGAGGUCAUAUUCAAGCGUGUCGAAAGCGUGAUAGUGGAAGGAGUGCCUCCUGAGAGUUCUGUCCAGCCUCUAAAGAUGAAAGUGAAAUUAGGAGAUUAUAAAUACCCUAAAGACCUAAAGGAACUGGCAAAACAAAGGAUGGAGGACUCUGAGUACCUCUCUUCAGCUGCCAGGCAGAAACUGCCAUCAGUGAAGGCUCUCCUCGACUCCCCCUUAAAGAUGAAGAUGUACUCUCAUCGAUGUCACCUCCUGCUGCACCUGGAAGAGAUACAGAUGGAGGUGGACAUCAGGAAGUAUGACCUCCACAAUCAAACCAUGACUCAAAACCAAAGCAGCAAAAAACUGCUUACACUCAGAGUGCCUGGUGUUGCUGAGAAUCGACCAUCUGUACUACGAGGAGAUUGUCUGAGGGUGUCCAAAUCUGGAGACACGGCCCGGCCCAUGACCGUGUACACCGGAUAUGUUCACAGAGUGGAGCUGGACAGUGUGAAGCUGGGCUUCUCGAAGAGGUUGUUGGAGACUUUCAUCAGCAAUAUGAAGUUUGACGUGGAGUUUACAAUCAACCGGUACUCCUUGAAGCUGCAGCAUCGGGCGGUGGACUUGGCAGUAACACAUAAGCUCCAAGAGGUGCUGUUCCCGUCUGGUGCAGCAGUGGCUAAUCUCACCAUGCCUAAACUCAGGAUGUUCAACUGUCAGCUGGAGAACAACCCGGAGCAACAUGCUGCGGUCCAGCGCAUUGUAGCCGGAUCAUCAAAGCCCGCUCCUCAUCUUGUGUUUGGGCCUCCUGGAACUGGAAAGACAAUCACUCUGGUUGAAGCUAUGAAUCAGGUCAUCAGGGCAGACAAGUCAGCCCGCAUCCUCGCCUGUGCACCUUCAAACAGUGCAUGUGACCUCCUCUGUGAGAGACUGAUGGUACACAUGGAUCAUCAUCGGAUUUACCGUGUGUACGCCAGCAGCCGAAACCCAAACAGUGUCCCCAAGAACCUGCUGAAAUAUUGUAACUGGGACCAGAAACAAGAGGCCUUUGUGUUUCCAGGGAAACAAAUUCUGAUGAAAUACACAAUCAUAGUUACAACUUUGGUCACAGCCGGCAGACUGGUGUCUGGAGGAAUCCCAGUUGGCCAUUUUUCCCAUGUCUUUUUGGAUGAAGGAGGCCAGGCAGUGGAGCCAGAGUGCGUCAUUGCCAUUGCAGGUCUACUUAGUGCAGAGAAUGGUCAGCUGGUGUUGGCAGGAGAUCCCAAGCAGCUGGGACCGAUCCUUCGAUCACCUUAUGCACUGCAGUAUGGACUCGGGCUGUCUCUGCUUGAGAGACUGAUGAGACACAACACUUUAUAUCAGAAAAGUACAGACUCCGGACACUUUGACACCCGCUUUGUCACCAAACUGCUGCGAAACUACAGGUCUCAUGCUGCCAUUCUGAAAAUCCCCAAUGAGCUGUUCUAUGAGAAUGAACUGCAGGUGUUUGCUGACCAGUGGGAGCGGGAGAUCUACUGCAACUGGGAACACCUUCCCAAAAAGGGUUUCCCACUGAUCUUCCACGGGGUGAUGGGGAAAGACGAGAGAGAGGCCAACAGUCCGUCUUUCUUCAACGUGUCUGAGAUUGAAGUUCUGGUUGACUACCUCACCAAGCUGAUUGAAACACAAGGGAAGAAGGGUCUCCCCAAACUCUCUGCAAAAGACAUCGGCAUAAUCGCCCCCUACAGGAAACAGGUUGAGAAAAUCCAAAAAGCCCUGAAGUCUGUCUCAGCUCUGAAGCGAUGGAGUGAUCUCACAGAGCUCAAGGUGGGGUCUGUGGAGGAGUUUCAGGGACAAGAGAGGAAGAUCAUCAUGGUCUCUACCGUCCGCAGCAGCAUCAACUAUGUCAAGAUGGACAAAGACUUCAACAUUGGAUUCCUGUCGAAUGAAAAGAGAUUCAACGUGGCCCUGACCAGAGCCAGGUCCCUGUUGAUAGUUGUGGGAAACCCUGUGAUCCUCAACAAGGACCCCCACUGGGAGAAGUUCAUCAGCUACUGUGUGAAGGAGCAAGGUUAUACUGGAUUUGACUUUGAAGAUGCAGAAGGAGAGGAUGAUAUUGUGUCAAGACUGGCAACCCUGAAAAUCAACGUGGAUUCUGACAAUCCUGUAGAAGAGGAGAGUGCCCUCCAGCAGUAUCUGGACCCUGAGUGGAGAAAUGAGCAUUAACAUCUUCAUUAGACAAUCAACAUAACAAAGAACCAUUGCAGUGACAUCCUUAAAACAUUAUUAAAUGUAAGCACUUAAAGAUGCGUAGCAAGUAUCCGUAUUUCAUUUGUCCUCUAUUAGUUUUAAACACAACAUUGGCGUCUAUUAAAUAAUAUAUCCUUUUUAUUAACUUUUCUAAGAGCAGUGUUCAUAUUUUGUUGCAAUAAAACCGUUCGGUUUGUGAUGACAAUGCCAAAAUUAACCAAUGAACCUUUUCUCUCUUCGGUGGCUUUUUUUAAUAGAGCUGUCACUUAGCAGCAAGUUCAAUCAGCAUGAGUGAGAAAAUAAGGAGGAGGAGCAGAGUACUCUACAUUUUCAUGUCAUAACCUUCCCUUUGAUUAAUCUUCACCUUCCAUAUCUGAGAAGAAUUGACCAAGGAGGGCACGUCAGUCUUGUCUCAAAAAUAGUUUAUUAACAAUGUUCAUGUUUACUUAAGAUCAAACAUUCACUACACCACUUUCUGUUUACAAAGCAUUAUUACAAUGAGCUUUUAUAUAAAUCUGGAUCCUUUAUCGUUUCAAAUUUCAAAUACUUCCAGAGAAAGAAAGAAAAAGGUUACACAACACUGAGCAGAAGCUGUUUCCAAAGACUGUGUGUCUGUGUGUUGCAAAGACCCAUGGUUUUCUCAUGCAUGCAUCAACAUCAUAAGGACGUUUGAUAUAGCGCAACAUUAUUUGUAUACACAUUAACAGCAGUAUUCAACAUGCUCUUAGUGAUAUUUUAUGCUUUCAUCAUGAUGCUGCGCUUCCAAUUGUGCAAAUUAUUUGACUAUCUCCGCCAACCUCCAACUGCCAAGGACUCCUUGGCGUUAACCUUGUUGAGACUCGUGCACAUCAUCCCACAACUAUGAAUCGAGUAACUCAGGCCCAUGUUUUCACUGAUUAAAAACCCUUAGUCGUAAAUUAUCUGAAUCAGUUUACUCUUAUGUUAGUGUGCUUAUAUUGAAUUCCACAAAGUCUAGAGUAAAACAUAGGAUCCACUCUAGUAAGAUUUGAGGUAACAAUAUGGUGCUUGUGUGUAUAAUUGUAAUCAAUGCCCCCUCUCUCAGGAAACUCACAACGCCUCAGUUGAGCUGUGGAAUAUACAACUAGUUGUAUUAGUCUCGAUUAGAUUGUUCAGUUAAAGCACAUGUGGGUCUGAGAUUGCAGAAUCAAUGACAUCUUUUAAAUCACUUCGGUAUUGUUUUUUCAAAAAAAGACUUAAUAAUUUAACCUCAGUUUUGUCUUAUUGGUUUGUUUUUGUCUUAUAUUAUCAUUGGACAUUUUAUUCUUUUAUUUCUGUACUUUCCAUGUAAUUUCUGUAUUACUUAAAUUACCUAAAUCCUGAAA